UCCCGCCACGUGUACAUUACACUACAAACCAAAACUCUCCAAAGUCCUUGUGACACGGACUCAGAUUCUAUCAUUCUGGGAACUCUCAGAGAUCGAUCUCGAUCGAUCAUCAUCCAAGAAUUGAAGUUUUAAGUCCCUGUGAUACCCAUAAUGCAUCCCCUUAAUGCAGUCAUGAUGACCCGGAUGCUGGUUCGGAACAACAACAACCCCGGUCUGGAAUCCGAGGGCAUAGCCUUCGCAUCCAUUUGGUGGUUUGUCUAUAUCGGCUUGUCGUGUUUCUUGGUCCUCUUCGCCGGAAUAAUGUCAGGCUUAACUUUAGGACUCAUGUCCCUCGGCCUCGUCGACCUCGAGAUUCUACAGCGAAGUGGUACUCCCACCGAGAAGAAGCAAGCAGCGACUAUACUUCCGGUGGUUCAGAAGCAGCAUCAGCUGCUUGUCACUUUGCUUCUGUGUAAUGCUGGAGCUAUGGAAGCGCUUCCUAUAUAUUUGGACAAGCUUUUCAAUCAGUAUGUUGCUAUAAUUCUUUCUGUGACAUUUGUGCUGUUUUUUGGAGAGGUUAUUCCACAAGCAAUAUGCACUAGAUAUGGACUGGCUGUGGGUUCCAACUUUGUAUGGCUUGUCCGAAUUUUGAUGAUUAUUUGCUACCCAAUUGCUUAUCCAAUUGGAAAGAUCUUGGAUUGUGUUCUGGGACAUAAUGAAGCAUUAUUUAGGCGAGCUCAGUUAAAAGCCCUCGUUUCCAUCCACAGCAAGGAGGAGGGCAAAGGCGGUGAACUUACACAUGAUGAGACAACAAUAAUUAGUGGAGCACUGGACUUAACUGAAAAGACUGCUGAGGAGGCUAUGACACCUAUUGAAUCAACCUUCUCCUUAGAUGUCAAUUCAAAGUUGGACUGGGAAGCAAUGGGGAAAGUUCUUGCUCGGGGACAUAGUCGAGUUCCUGUCUAUUCUGGGAAUUCAAGGAAUAUUAUUGGACUUCUCCUGGUGAAAAGUCUUCUCACCGUACGACCCGAAACAGAGACUCCUGUCAGUGCUGUUUCCAUCCGUAGAAUCCCAAGAGUUCCCGCAGAUAUGCCACUGUAUGAUAUAUUGAAUGAGUUUCAAAAGGGCAGCAGUCAUAUGGCUGCUGUGGUAAAGGCCAGAGGGAAAAGUAAGGCUCAUCCACCCACGAUUGACGGAGAAAAUAAUGAAGGAAACAAAAUUGCUGGCAUGGACUCCCAACUGACUACUCCAUUGCUAUCCAAGCAGGAUGGAAAGCCAGACCAUGUUGUUGUUGACGUACCCAAGAUACCAAAGCCCACUAGUAUGAAAAAGGAAGCACUCUCACACUACAAUGUUGGAGAAACAAUUGGCCCCCCUUCGUCAGAGGACAUUGAGGAUGGUGAAGUCAUUGGUAUCAUCACCCUGGAAGAUGUAUUUGAAGAACUCCUGCAGGAGGAGAUUGUCGAUGAAACGGAUGAAUAUGUUGAUGUACAUAAAAGAAUACGCGUUGCUGCAGCUGCAGCUGCUUCAUCAGUGGCGCGAGCUCCAUCACUGCGGAGGUUAAAUGUCAACAAGGGACCAGGAGCCCAAACUAAGCAAGUAACCCCGAAGAAAUCUACUGAUGAAUUGGCUGCAAGGCCACACGGGACUUUUUCUGAUGGAAACAAGAGAUGAUUAUUCCAUUUCAUUUCUCAUAUUCUGAUCCGGGGAAGUGCUUUGCCUUGCAUCCAGAAAAAAAAGUCUUUUUUUUUUGUUGUCUCUGGUUUUGGGGGUCCUGGAAUUUUGAGAUAUGUGGGCUUUUACAUAGAUAUGCAGGGUGUAAUGGUGUAUGAAACGUUCAGUAACUUGCUCAGCAGUAACGCUUAUUUGUUAUUUUGAACUCUUUUUGGUUCGUUUAUAUGUUAGGUUCGAGGUGCCUCUUAAGCUGGCACUAUCUUUUUGUCGUGAAAAAAAACAGUAUCCGGAAAAUAGUCAGUAAGUUCUGUUACCCAACCAAAGACAUAAUAUACAAGGUGCCUACGCGGACCUUUUUAUUGAA